AUGGCACCUCAAAAAGUUGCAAUGGGCAUAGUCCUGAUUCUUGUAGCCACGUUUUGGGGUGGCAUCAAUGCACAGUCAAGGGACUGCACGAAUUCGAUUAUUAGUAUGUCUCCGUGCCUAAAUUACGUCACCGGGAACUCAUCGAGUCCGUCGCCUGGAUGCUGCACACAGCUUGGGACCAUAGUCCGAUCGCAACCUGAAUGCUUGUGUCAAGUACUUAAUGGUGGUGGCUCCUCCCUCGGCCUUGAGAUAAACCAGACACAGGCUCUAGCACUGCCUAAAGCCUGUAAUGUCCAAACUCCCCCUUUCAGCCAAUGCAAUGCUGGUUCGCCAUCAGGAUCUCCCAGUACACCAAAUUCUCCCAACACUAAUCCUUCUGAUGGUGGAUCAAAAAAUGUGCCAUCAACAGGAAAUAAUUCUUCAGAAGCAACUUCCUCCAACUUGGCUGCUCCACUGAUGUUUUUUCUUCUGUUUGUUGCAUCCUUUGUUUCAACCUUAAACAUGUCCUGA